GGAGCGAAAGGAUUUCCUUAAAUUAUUCAUUUUAUAUUGUUCUAAUAAAACUUGUCUUCGAUUUUUGAGUUAUAAAAUAUUGCUUCAAUUAGUGUAUCAUAUUUCGAACAUUCUUGAAAAGUCUUAUCAUUACAUUCUUAUCUAAAACAAUCAUUAACAACUGAUGAUAUCAUUGUAUCGCUAAUAGUGUUACUUUUUAAUUUUUAAUAAUAUAAUUUAAUCUUGAUAACUUCCUGUUAUGAUUACAGCAAUAAUGCCGAGCUACAAGUUGACUUACUUCCCAGUAAAGGCAUUGGCCGAGCCCAUCCGCUUUAUUUUGAGCUACGGGGGUGUGGAGUUUGAAGAUGAUCGUUUCGACAGGAAUGAUUGGCCAAAAAUCAAGCCAACUAUGCCAUUUGGUCAAGUACCAGUGCUCGAAAUCGAUGGCAAAAAGGUGAAUCAAUCUACAGCGAUUUGUCGUUACUUGGCUAAGCAACACGGUCUUGCUGGUAAAGAUGACUGGGAGAACCUUGAAAUAGAUGUUGCUGUUGAUAACAUCCAUGAUCUUCGUGCAAAAAUUGGUGCUUAUCAUUACGAGUCACACCCAGAAGCAAAAGAAGCGAAACGUGAACCAUUGAUGAAGGAACAACUUCCAUUCGCCUUAGAUCGUUUGGACGAACAAGUCAAGAAAAACGGAGGAUACUUCGUUGGUGGUAAAUUAACAUGGGCUGACAUGGUAUUCGUCGCUUUGUUGGAUUACUUGAACUUUAUGACUAAAUUUGACAUUACUGAAAAGCAUGAAAAUUUGAAGGCUCUCAAAGAAAAAGUCCUUGCUCUGCCGAAGAUCAAGACUUGGGUUGAAAAACGCCCUCAGACUGA